AGAACAAUAAUGGGAUUUUCAGUAUGUUCAUUUGCUUUCUCAGUGUAGAGAAUUCUCCUCAGCUUGCUGAAAGGCAAGACGUGAGCAGUUGAAAGGUAUGGGGAUGGUAUUUUUUCUAUGGGGUGCAGCACCCAUCAUAGCGAUGCUAUCGGUGGAGUGUACGGAUGUUGGUUUAGCUGUAAUAAGCAAAGCUGCUCUGACAAGAGGAAUGAACAACCUCGUCUCCGUUGUCUACUUUAAUGCUCUUGCUACUCUUAUCCUCCUACCUUACAUCAUCUUCCGAAGGAAGAGAGCUCCCCUCACAUUUACACUUCUUUGUAGAUUCUUCCUCCUUGGUCUAAUUGGGACUACAGGGCAAAUGACUUAUUUACUUGGUGUUAAGUACAGUUCCCCUAUUCUGUCAUCUGCAAUGGGAAACCUUAUUCCUAUUUUCACCUUUGCACUUGCAGUGAUUUACGGGAUGGAAACUCUAGAUUUGAGAAGAUCAAGCAGUCGAGCCAAAAGUUUGGGUGCCAUUGCAGCGGUGACAGGAGCAUUCAUAGUGACCCUGUACAAGGGCCCUGAAAUUUUGAUGGCUUCAUCAGCUGAUUUUCGUCAUCAGCUUCUUUUCUCAAUGCAAUCAAGGUGGGUCCUUGGAGGUCUCCUCCUUGCAGCAACUUACCUUCUGGCUUCAGUGCGGGCCAUUGUUCUGGCACAUACUGUCAAGGAGUAUCCAGAAAAGAUGACCAUAGUCUUCUUCUUCACACUCUCUGUGACUAUCCAGAGUGCAAUUUUUUCUUUCAUACUUGAAGUAAACCCAGAUUCAUGGAAACUGAAGACUCGCAUUGAAUUGAUUGCCAUCGUGUCCCAGGCAAUCUUUGGGAGUCUUUUCCGAAUCUCUGUUCAUACAUGGUGUCUGCACAGGAAGGGCCCUGUGUUUGUAUCCAUGUUCAGGUGCUUGGGGAUGGUCAUUGCAGUUGUCAUGUCAGUCAUAUUCCUCGGUGAUACUCUUCAUCUAGGCAGUAUUAUUGGCUCUACGAUAAUUGCAGUUGGAUUUUAUACCUUGUUGUGGGGACAAAGUCAAGAGAAAAAGACUAGCUUGGAAGAUGAAGUUGGUAGCGCCGGAACAUCCAGCCAACAGACUCCUCUUCUGCCAAAAGCUGCGGAUGAAGAAAUAUAAUGGAGUCUGUCUGAAGAAUUAAGAAAGUUGAGGAAAGCCAAAUAUUGAAGAAAGCUUGUAAGAUAUUAUCAGGCAAAACAAGUGAAUAAUCAGAACAACUGAACAUUAAUGGGAGCCUCAUUUUCCCCUUCUUAUGCUAUUUGAGAAAUGCUUGCAGAAGUCCAAUACAUAUGUUGGGAUAAGUAAUAUCUUGUGGUUUAUAUCUUUAUUCUCGAUGAAAUGCACAUCAAGUGCUUCUUCUAUUGUGGGAGCACAGCACUUAUAAAGGUGUGUUAUGUUUGCCCAUGCGAAACCGCUUAGAUGAUAAUUUAGUGGC